CAAAAACUUAUAAGAUCUGGUAGUUUAUUGAGACUAUUUGAAUGGUAUAUCCAAUGUUCUUUUGAAACUAGAACUUUUAUUUUUUCUAUAUCGUAUAGAACGUUGAGGAGUUUAUUGUGUGUGCGGGAAUCAUCCAGGAGUUUGAAAAGUGAUCUACGAGUUUGAAAGCUGUGAUGACUUUUCUUCGUUUCUCUAGCGAACCGAGAGCUGGUUUAAUUCAGAGUAGUUCAGGACCAGGAUGGAGUCCCUUUCAGCACAGUUUGAUGACCUGAUGCGCCAGAUGCAGGUUCUGGCAGAUCCAGCUGAGUACAAAUUCCUCGAAUUUUUAGACCAUGAAGAGAAAAAUCGAGUUCAGCUUAGAGAACUUGAAGCAGAAGUGAGCCGUCUUAAUGAGCAAGCAACAAGAUACCAAAAGGAAAUUAAGAGCCUGGAGAUGAAAUUAAAAAAUGCAAAGCACAUGCUUGAUGUGGAAAAGGCUAAAAGGAUUACAACAGAAAAAGAGAAAAAUGAUUUGGCAGGGCAGAUUGGUUUGGUCAUGGAGUUGUUGGGAAGAGGUCAGGUCAAUGAGACAAGGGAAAGGCUGCAACAGUUGCAACACUCCUUUACCUUUACUGGAACAGCAACAAAUCAACGGCGAAGUAUGAGAGACUUGUCACCAGGACCUCUUUCUACUAUUACAGAAGAUAAUGAUACAAUGGGUUCCAUCCUUAGUGUAUCAGACAUUGAUAUUACUGAGGAUGAUUUAGAAGAAACACGUCUGAGAUCAGGACGAUCAUUCAAACGCAGAUCCUCACCAGAACGCCAGGAUUCUUCUAAGGGAAAGAGGCGCUCAGGCAGGAGAAGUGAGGAGAUCCAGAGCCAUGAGGUGAAGACUCAAGUUACAUAUUAUACUCAAGGUGAUGAGAUUAAGAAAAUCCAUACAGAAAUGAAAGUCAAGCCAUCAGCACCUCCACUUUCCACAGGAAGUUGUGAAGGCAAUUUCAUUGGGCAUCAUACAUCACUAGGGAAAGCUAACUCAGAGAAGGUCAAGACAGUGAGGUUUUUAUGAUGACAGUCAGGAGGAGGAAUGAGUUGGGCUAGUGAAGAGGGGAACCUACAGAGAAGUACAAUGCAGUAU